AUGGAACAAGACGACAAAGUGUCGCGCCAAGAUUCACAAGUUCCCCACAAUUCAGCACGACUGUCAGCUACAUUAAAUCCAUCGACGUUGUUGAACCCACGAGGAUCAUAUCGCAACCAGAAAUCAGCCAAAUUGAAGCCAUUUGCCGAUGGGACAGCUCUCUCCUCUACAAAUGGCAACAACCACGGAAACAGUAGUACAAAGUCCUUGGUGGAAAGCCUCUACAACGUGGAGAAUCGCGCGAGCAAUCCGAGAAAGAGGGUGAAGUUGGACGAUGACAGCCGCCAAAACCUGAACAAGAAGGGCUCGUCUUCAUACCACCAUAGCAAUGGGGUUGUCGGUGAAUACAUGCGCCCGGAUCCCGAAAGAGUUGCCGAAGCCAUGAAAAGUAGCUUGGUCGAUCUGACCAACGAAGAUGGGGAGUCGGAGGAUGAUUUGAAGAUCGUCUCGGAACGGUCGCUCGAUGAUCAGGAGGUCUGCUACGGCCAUAUUGCCACUACCGUUCAUGCCUAUCUUGUGCCGAAGCCCAAGAGCAUCAGCCAGUUUGCUCAGGACCGAGAAUGGCCCGUGAUGAAGUGUGAUCUAGAUCGCAAGGCUGGUAAAGACACAGUCAUCGAGGUCCUAGAUCCCUGGGGCACACGGUUCGGAAGGGUCAAUCCCGAUUUUGCGGCCGCACUUGCGCCUGCCAUGGACGCCUUGAACGGCUUCAGGGCACAACCAAGACUGAUUAAUCGCAGGAAAAAGCCGAACGAGUGGCCCCAUCAACCCUGCUCCGAGCAGCUCAAGAUGGUUGUUAAUCUCUAUGGUCGCCGAGGUGAUGCUGCUAAGGUCGGCAAGCUCUUCGGUCAGAACAACUUCUGGUUACGGCCACCAAUGGCAUCAGAAGCCGGUAUCCCGGUAUACAACCCGCACGCGCAGAAGAAGCCGCUCUUUCAAACAAAAGGUUUUGACAAAACAAUUCGACCAUUAUCGGAUGCUCGAACCUUGGAAGAGGCAACGGAAGCUGUGUCCAAGGUCUUCGAUUCGUUCGCAAAUGCGUCUCGCUCUCUUGGUGAAACCGAUCCGCCGCCCGACCUCAUCAAAACACCCUUGCUUAGCCACCAAAAACAAGCGCUCACAUUCAUGUUACGGCAGGAGCAGUCACGUGCCUUUGGGAGCGACGAGUCCGAGAAUACUUCCUUAUGGAGAAGAAAACUGCGGCAGAAUGGCACCGUCGUAUACAACGAAGUCAUUACCGGUAUCUCUGUCAGAGACGAGCCAGAUCAAGUACUUGGUGGUUUGCUGGCGGAUGUUAUGGGCCUUGGAAAGACACUUGAAGCUCUUUCUCUUAUUUCCAGCACACUGAAAGAGGCCAAGAAUUUCGCCGAGGAAAAGGUGAUGAGGGACAAUCAAGACGAAAAUCAAAAUCUCAUCCUGUCCAACACCGGCGCGACUCUGAUUGUCUGUCCGACCAGUACCGUCAAAAACUGGGAAGAUCAGAUCGCUUCUCACGUCAACCCAGAUACCAUGACCUAUACUGUUUUCCACGGACCGAAUCGAGAGAAGAACCCAUUUAUGUUAUCGAAGUAUAACAUUGUCAUCACCACCUAUGGAAUUAUUGGUUCCGAGUUCUCAAACAAGAAGGAGGCCACCGUGAGUCCUUUGAGGCAGCUGAAGUGGUUUAGGAUUGUUCUAGACGAAGCGCACACGAUCCGAGAGCAGAAGGCGUUACAGUCGCAGGCUUGCUACGCCUUAGAAGCGCAGCGUCGUUGGUGCUUGACUGGAACGCCAGUCCAAAAUCGACUUGACGAUCUAGGGUCUCUGACACGGUUUUUGCGCUUAUACCCUUACGAUACCGCCGGCAGAUUCAACCAGUACAUCCGAGGACCGGCUCAAUCAGGCGACCCCUCUUUCUUAAAGGCGCUCCGUAUAUUUGUGGACUCGUUCACAUUACGGCGGCUGCGGGACCGUGUUGACCUCCCGGAAAGAAAGGACUAUGUUGCUAAACUUAAGUUCUCCGAGGAUGAGAGGCGCCUACACGAAUUCUUCAAGGAGACAGCUCAUGUACAGAUUCAAGAAUUGGCGCGCUCUAAAGAAAAGAGGAGCGGUGUUCAGCAUCACGUUCUGAGAGGUAUUAUGACCCUUCGACUGAUCUGUGCCCAUGGUCGAGAGUUACUCAAUGAGAAAGAUCUCAAACUACUGAAGGGUAUGAGUAAGAACGAGGCGAUUGAUCUUGACGAUGAGGCAACGGCGCCCACAAUAUCGAGAAAGGCAGCCUAUGAGGCUCUAAACCUGAGGAUGGAAGCAGAGCUGGAUGUUUGCAGGAACUGUGAACGAAGCAUCAGUAAAGACGUUAUCAAGGUUGAGGGCGACACCGAUGAAGAACAAGGUCUUCGAUGCUUUGUCUUACCGUGCUUUGACUUUAUCUGCAGCGAUUGUUUCAGCUCAGUGAAGCCUCAUUUCGACAGCACGCCAAACAAAUCUACCGUCACCUGUCCUUUCUGUGCGGCAGUCAUCGCUGCGCAAUAUGUGGGAUUUAGUGGAUCCACAGCGCAGGAGAUCCUCGUAGCACCAGACGAUACAAUCGACCAGGAAGAUGGAGAGGAGAUGGUUCGAACUUACACUGGACCUCACACCAAAACCAGGGCGCUUCUAGCUGACAUCGAGGAGAUGUAUAGGGACAGCGAACCACUAGAGGCUGCCGGAGAGAUCCCAUUAAAGUGUGUUAUCUUCUCGGAGUUCACGUCUCACCUCAACCUUAUCGAAAGAGCCUUAACUGAUCACGGUUACUCCUUCGUUCGGAUCGACGGUACCAUGUCGCUCAAUGCCAGGAAGAAUUCUAUGGAUGCUCUCGCCACGGACAACAACGUCCGCAUUCUCCUGGCAUCCAUCAAGGCGGCAGGUCAAGGCCUCAACCUGACAGCCGCGUCCCGUGCAUUCAUCAUGGAGCCAAUGUGGAACCCUGCAGCUGAAGCGCAAGCAGUCGAUCGCAUUUACCGGAUUGGACAGAAACGGCCUGUUGUUAUUAAGCGAUAUCAAAUGGAAGACAGUAUCGAGCUCAAGAUUGUGGAGCUGCAGCGGAAGAAACAGCAGCUGGCGGACGUGUCGGUGAACCAGAAUUACAAGCAGUUGAGCAAGCACGAGGUGAGAGAGGCGCAUAUGAAAGAGAUUUUGGAGCUCUUCAAGUGA